AUGUGCGAAAUCCUGUCGCUGUCUGUUCUCCAGGUUGUUUCCGUGCUAUCCUUCCUCACUUCCAUCCUUGCCGUCCUCUGUGUCGGUUCCGGCUCGCUUUAUCGGCUGUCGCAUAGGUUGGACGCUAAGUUCGAGGCGGAGGUCGGUUCUCAGUUGAUGAGCGCGGAGGCGUGGAAACCUCUGUGGAAUUGGAGUGGCUUUCCUGUGUCGUUUUCGCUGGGCUCGAUUGUCGGAGAAGACGAGAAACGAACCACAAACAAUGGUUAUUCAGGGUAUAUAGGUGGAGGUGAUCUUGUGAGGAUGAAUUGGCAAGUUAGCAGACAACGAUCAGCGGUAUCACACAUAUUCGAUAUAAAGGGUUACGCUCCCAUAUCCAUGGCUAAGAUUAUCAUGUCACGCCAUUCGCAACGAAGACCGCUCCGUCUUCCACGACGUGCUCCGGGGAUGCCACGACCGACACCUCCAUCGCGACUUAUGGAAUCCACCGUAUAA